AUGCACAGAACAGUUGUACUGUCAUUCCUCCUCGUCUCUCUUUUCGCAGUGUUUGCUCAGGCUCAGGUCAACAACACCACCAGCAACGGCAACAACAGCAACUCACAGACCAGCGGUACCUCCCAAACGACAAGUGGCGGAAAUCAGACCAACCCGACUGUUAACGUUAUUACUACCACCGGUUCAGAUGGCCAUACCCAGACUAUAACGGUCACCCCCACAGGGUCCAAUGGAAACUCUACACAAUCGACAUCAAGCAAGCCACUGCCCACAGCAGCUACAGAUGCUCUCGAUGGUGGCGGUGGUGCAACUGGGGCACCAGUACCGGGUGGUGGUAAUGGAGCAUACGGACCUGACGACAACUACAUCGCGGCUGCACAAUCGCUGCCCAGGAACCUUAUGCUGGUCACCUUUGCUGGAGUUGCAGUAGGGGCGUUAGUGACGAUUUUCUAA